AUUCUCUCAAGCUUCUCUCAUGGUGAUGAAAAAAGAAUGACGUCAGUGAGAGAAAUAGAAAAGCUUGGGCACGAAGGAACCCAAGCGCGCACCUCGAUGUUAAUCGAUCCGUCGAAGGCAGACAUUGGUGCUCACUCGAGCUUAGACAUUGGUCCUCACUCGUCAUCUCUCUCUCUCUCUCUCUCACAUUAGCUGUCUGAGAAUGAAGGGAAGGAAGACUCUAGAAGGAAAGAGAUAAAACUCUGAGAGGAAUAAUCUAGAAUCUCUCUCAUUUGCUGCGUUUAAUGCAAAGGGUAAUAAGAGGAAGAAGAUUCUAGAAGGGAAGAGCUAAUACUCAAGAGGAAGAAGAAUCCAGAAGGCAAAAAAGCAGAAACGAUGGUAAUCACAGCGUUCUGUAACUAACAGAAUAUCCCAAUUGAACUAGCCCUCUUAUUAUGCCUGUACAUCUCAUCUUCGUUCAUUUCUUUGUUUUCCUUAUCUGCUCUUCUACUCAGCUAUCAACCUCUCACUUGUCUUUAACGAUUCAAUCUGAGGUACCUGCUUGUUUGUCUUCGUCGUUCCCUGAAGAUCUGACGCUCGAGUUUCUAUUUCUCGAGCUGAAACGACGAAGCUUAAGCAGUAAUCUCAAGCUUAUUGUUUUUUAUACUCUUUACAACAUAACCCAUUUCUUCGUUGACCAGUGGUUACGUCGAAUGCGAGUUCUUAAUGUUCGAUUUAAACCAUUUGAAGCUUGAAUCUUGAUGAUCUUCUCUCAAUUUCACUGUUGAUGCUGUGAUCUGCGAUCUGUGAUCGUCUUUGUCGAUCAUCAUCUGCUUCAUCUUCUUGUUCUUAUUGUUGUGGUUGGUUCACUUUCGUUCUGGGUCUCUGCUGUUAAUUACGAAAUGAGCUUCUUGAGACCGCCGGCAUUAUUCCGGCUACUUCCGACUAUUACCUCGCUGCGAUGGAUGUCUUAUCAGAUCUUGUCAUUUCUACGAUGGCCCAGUCUUGAUGGGUUCGUGAGCUUUCUUGUGUUGGUGCUCUUAUGGUCGAAGUUAGCGGAGAUGCGGUUCAUUCCUUCAAAAUCCAUGUGUCCUACCCUCCGUGUUGGGGAUCGGAUCAUCUCCGAGAUGGUGACAUAUUACUUCAAAAGCCCUGCUGUUGAUGAUAUAGUUCUCUUUUCAGCACCCAAAAAUUUACAGCCAUAAGGAAAAAGAGCAAAGUGCAACAUCAAAGCCAGAGAGGCAAACCUAUGGGUAUUAUAAAAGGAUGAUACACCAAAAGCAGGGAGGGGAGAAGCAUCUAACUGAAGGACGAUACAGUAAAAGGCAGGGAGGGGAAAAACAAAAAUACAAGGAUGAUACAUUAAGAAGCUAGGAUGGCGGAUAUGAAUAGUUAGACAUUCAUAAUUCUCUUUCUCAAUUCAUUUAGAAACAAGGCUGAUCAGUAUUAGGAUUUGAUUGGUUUUUAUGUUCCUUUCAUUUGGCUUGUGGGUCGGGGUUGGAUGGUUCCCAGCCUCUUCCUGCUGUCCCUUUGGAAUUUGCUGUUUCUUGAGAAUUUUAUAAACUUUGAUGGAUUAUAGUGACUAAUAAGAAGAUAACAGUUAAUCCAGGCAAGUAUUUGGUGUUUUUAUUUUAGUGGAUGGGGAUCAUGCUUUAAGCUUGCAGUUCUUUCUAUUUCAUAUUGGUAUGCAACUUUGAAGCAUACUAACAAAUGUUUUUGUGUCCCACCAUUUAGUAAGACUUGGUGGCUAUCAAACAUAUCAAAAUAGGGGUUCUGUGGAUUAGAUCCACAAUAUGCUAUAUUGUUGGCACUCCUUUCAAUGUUUAGUUACCCAACAUUUAAGUUUCUCUUCCAACUUCC